CAUAUUCCUUUUCAAAUGAUUUAUUGCCCUAGUGAAACAAUAAUUGGAAGUCUAAUACGUUGUGCUGCGGACAGUGCGGAUUCACCAAUACUGGAGGAGGCCGGUGAGAGCGGGUCGGAACAGAAGCCAAAACCAUUGGUCAAAUACGGCGAGCUCGUCAUACUUGGGUACAAUGGAUUUCUGCCGGCCGGCGAGAGGGGCAGACGUCGAAGCAAAUUCGUGCUGUACAGGCGACCGCAAGCGAACGGUGUGCGCCGCUCGAAGCAUUACGUGGUGAAGACGCCGCACAGCAGCAAGGCGAUACUCGACGCGAGCCAGCACUCGAUAUCCUACACGUUAAGUCGCAGCCAUGCCGUCAUCGUCGAGUACACGGAGGACCCAGACACGGAUAUGUUUCAGAUCGGGCGUUCAUCGGAAUCACCCAUAGACUUUGUGGUAAUGGACACAGUUGCCGGCGACAAGACGGGUGACACGAAGGUCCUGCAGAGCACCAUAUCGCGGUUCGCGUGCCGUAUCAUUGCCGACCGCAACGACGUCAACAACUGCCGCAUUUACGCCGCAGGCUUCGACUCCUCCAGGAAUAUAUUUCUUGGUGAGAAAGCGACGAAAUGGUCGGAGAACCACGAGAUAGACGGUCUCACGACGAACGGCGUUCUCAUAAUGCACCCGCGCGGCGACUUCUGCGGCGGCAGCGCGACGUGCGGCCCGUGGCGCGAGACAUCCGUCGGCGGUGCCGUGUUCUCGCUGCGGGAGAGCCGCUCCGCGCAGCAGAAGGGCUUACCCUGUCAGGCGGAGACAAAUGUACUGAGAGACGGGACAAUGAUAGAUUUGUGUGGAGCUACGCUACUAUGGAGAAGCGCUGAGGGACUCAAAAACUCACCGACGAAACGUGACCUGGAGGCGCUGGUGGACGAGCUGAACGCCGGGCGGCCGCAGUGUCCCGUGGGGCUGAACACGCUGGUGAUACCGCGCAAGCUGUCCGCCGCGCACCAGGACCUCAACCAGCCGUACGUGUACCUCAACUGCGGCCAUGUACAAGGCGAGCACUCGUGGGGCGCGGAGGGCAGCGAGACGGGCGUGCGGCGCUGCCCCAUGUGCAUGACGGCGGGGCCGGUGGUGCGCGUGUGCAUGGGCAUCGAGCCCGCCUUCUACGUCGACUCGGGCCCGCCCACCUACGCGUUCAACCCGUGCGGCCACAUGGCCUCCGAGCGCACCGUCAAAUACUGGGCGAGCGUGGACAUCCCGCACGGCACGAACGGCUUCCACGCGAUCUGCCCGUUCUGCGCCGCGCCGCUGCAGGGCACGCCCGGCUACGUGCGGCUCAUCUUCCAGGACAACCUCGACUGAGCGCCCGCCCGCCGCCGCGCUGCAGGUUCGCAGAUGUGCGAGACGAAUGAAUACUGACGGUAACAUCAAGGUGUGACGAGACAGCGACGUAGUUCGGUGUAACUAUAUUUUGUUUCGGUUAUGGGGCCCUCGGAACUUUUGAGGGCACAUUCAUGACUGCGUUAGCUAACUACUAACUGCUAAAUUUUGUACCAAAUACCGAUUUAUGUAUAUGGAAUCUCAUUUGUUUACUAAAUCCUAUAUAUUUUGAUGUUUAUAUGUAUUCCAUUUUCUAUUUUAUUAUUUCACCAUAUACGCCGAAGGAUGCUUUGGUAAAUGAAGUAAGAAAUGUAACGAAUAAAGUACAAACAAUACUUGCCUUGUAUUUAAAGCGCUUUCGCGUCGUUUUCCUAUCACGUUCACCGAUAAAUGGUACAACAUUGUAAAUACCAAAAGCAUCCCGUUUUUUCGAUACACUUUUUAGUUAUAUGAAGUUCGGAUGGAUAUAUUUUAAUAGUAUAUUAUUAACACGAUAAUGGAACAGUUUGUAAUGUUCCUAAUUAAUGUAUUUUUUUGUCCGCAUAUUAAAAAACGUAAUGAUAUCGGCGUGUUCGACUAACGAAAUAUUUAUUUAAGAGUCAAACAUUGUAAGAUAAAAUAUGUUAAGAUAAUUUAAAGCUUUGUAUAUUGCUGUGGACAAUUUAUAGGCGAUCACAUCAUAUACAAUCAAUGCUAUAAUCGUGAUUUGUUUUUUUCUUUUCAAUGAUAGUAAUAAUGCAAUCGAUGAUAAUGGAUAUAGAAAAAUAAAAUGGUAUAAUAAUGAAAUGUAAAUAUGACUGUUCGUUUAAUUUAUGUUCGGUUUUUAAUGUGGCUUCGUCGGUUUAAGUGAUGUUAGUUCUAGAAUCGUUUAGCAUUUGUUUCCAAUUAGUUUAUGGGAUGGUUUCAAUACACAUUGAAAUUUAAUUUACUAGAUAUAAAACAAUAAUAGUCAUUUGUAUGCAAACACAAAAAAUAUUGAUUUGCAAAAACAUGUACUUCACUGUAAGACGCUUUUUAACAAUUUUAAUUCUGCCUCAGUAGUAUAGUGAAAAACUGUAUUCCGAUUUGGCCUUAAUUUUAACUCAUCGCUUUGGUGUAUUCAUGUUUUUGUUAAUGAAUAAUUACAUAUAAUAAAAUAAUGUUUGUGCGUUUAUUUUUGUGUCAGUGAUUUAUAAAAUUAAAUAGUAUAUGAGGUGAAAUACAUAUAAGAAUAUUUCCCAUCAAUCAAAGGGAGUUCUAAAAAGGUCAUAUAUUUUUAUAAUUAAAAAGCAACCUUUGAAUAAACAUGCAUUGUAAUUUGACAAUUCAUUGCACUGUGCUGUGAUGAAGUGUGUAUUUUCUUUUACAUACAUGAUUUUAAUAAAUUUUAUCUAUAUUAGUACAGGUAUCCUCUUAUAGGUAAGAAGUUGUCUUGUCUUUCAUAUAUAAAUCCUUUGUCUGCCUGUUGGUAUUUCUCAUAUCACAGUAUGUGGGUUGAGAAAUACCAAUAAUGAUGCAUCAACAGUUCUCAUAGUGUGUUCUUACAUUAUUUUGAAAUUUAUAAUCCUUUAAUUAGACUUAUAUAAUAAUUUAUUUGGAUCUCAAUAUCGGAUUUACAGUUUGAUUUGCAUGAACACAUGCCCUAGUUAAAAAAAAAAAUUGUAAAUUAUUGUAAGUUAAUAGAGUGUAGACGAUAAAGGUUUACAAAAUUUGAAACAAUUAGUUUUUGUACAAUUUGAAUCCACUAGUAGUGAUGGUCGGCAGUUUAUAUAGGUAUCAUUCGGUAAGGCUUCAUUUUUGGCCGUAAUAUAAUCUGUAUGGGUAGUCACAUGUAUAAUUUUUGUAUUUUCCUGUUAUAUGUUAAAGUCUGCAAUGAAUAAUUUUAUAAGGGAUUGUAACUAUCAGGGCAAACGAGACAGUUAGUCUAAGUGUGGUUGUUUAUCUACACGUUAGGCGAAGAGAUUGAAAUACGUGGAAAUUUUGAGUUUUUUAAGAAACGUCACUUUGAUCACAUUGAAUCUCUUUGCUAGCUUAUAGAUAACAUGUCUUAUACAAUAACGAUAAUAAUAUGUUUAAAGCAAAAAGUGAUAGUAACAUUACAUUGUACCUUAGUGUAUUAUAUUGACCUUUCCUGAAGUAAAAAAUAGAAUAUAUUAUCAUCAUUAAAUCUACCUUCAAUUUAGUGUUCAUUUAGCUUAUAAUGAAAUACUUUGUCUGUUUUACGCUUCAAUGUGUUAAAGAUUUCCGUUUGAAUAUUUAGCAUUAUCAGUUAAAGUGUGGUUGGCUAAGUGUCACUUGCGUAUAAGUGUAUCGGCUUGGAUUAUGAAAUAAUAAAAACUUAGUUGUAUGUAAUAAUAAUAAUCCCAAGCUUUGGUCGCUUUACGGAAGAAUAACAAGACAAAGUUUCUUCGGAGUGAUUCAAUACUGGCUGUACCGGACCACGGCUUCACCCACGACAAACCAACUGCUCUGACGUUAGUCUAAAAUAAGAACUGAAUGCUAGCCUUAAUUUUAUUUAUGAUAAGCGCUAAGAUACAAUAAAACGCUCUUUUGAGUUAGAAAA